AUGUUUGGUCCAUCGCCCAUUGCCAAACAACUUCCCGUUCCGGUGACGUGCAAAAAAGUUGCACCUCACCUUCAUCAACAAAUGGCCAGCUUUGCAGCGAGGAGGGUUCUAUGUAACCUCAAAACUCCUACGCUUACGCCCAUCAGGCAAAGGUAUGCCUUUGAGUCGCGAAGAGCUCUACACAUGACCCCAGUCGUGCAGAAGAAGAAGAACGCGGACUUUGAGGACCUCUUCGCUGAUGAGGGAGAAAUUCUUUCCGAGGUACCAGAGGAGCUCAAGGCACCCGUACCCGUCGCUUCUACUUCCGAUGCAAUGCCCGCAUCAGCACGACGUCAAGCCAAGUUCGACGAGCUUCUGGCAUUCAUGAAGCCCAAGCUGGGGAAGACAUCCAAGAAAUUGCCAUUGAUCCGGACUAGCGCUUGGUCGGAUCUCUUUAGCCUCGCAACGACGAAAGAGCAGAUGGAGGCAGUUGUGGAGCUCAUGCCUCAAUGGCAAGCCGCCGGGAGAGUGUUCAGAGACUCCAAUUCCGAGCUUUUCAUUCGCCGCUGUGAACAACUCGACUGCCCCCAGCUAGCCCUGACCGUUUUCGGGAACUACGCGAAAUACAAUAUGCCGCUCACCCUUACUGGGGCUAACCAACUCCUUCACUCCCUACACCUAGAUCAUCCCAUUGAGACGCUCGUCACGGCCGCAGCACUUUAUCCAGUCUACGGUCUCCCACCGGCAGGCACAGUCCUGACCUCCGCAUCCUUGCUUGCCGCGGCUUACGUCCGAGUACACGAACAAAAGGACGCCGCGCGGAAGGCGCAAUUGGAGGCGCGCAACACGCUUCUGGAAUUGCGCACUGGACUGGAAGCCUUAAUAGCGAAACAUGGGUCGCUAAAGAAGAUAAGGAAGAGGAUGGAUAGCAGGAAUCGAGAGAGUGCGUGGACGCUGUGGUCGUUGGAUAAGGUGGACAAGGCGUUGGCAUCGACGACGGGGGAAGGAUUGUCGAAGCAUCCGAAAGUUUCUCUAGAGGCGACGAUGGUGUAA